UAAGUGGCAGCGUUUUAGGCCGACCAAAAGCCUCUUCACGGCUCUUCCUCCCUCGAAGGGAAUUGAUUGGCGGAUCGAUCGAAGAUGGAUAUGGAUCACGGUGGUCACGACCAUGAUCAGGCAGCAGCGCCCUCGAAUCCUUCCAUGGGGAUGGGGACGGGGAUGGGGAUGCAUAAUAUGAUGAUGAUGCAGAUGAGCUUCAUCUGGAGCAAGAAUGUAACGCUUUUGUUCUCGGGCUGGACCACCAGCAACUGGGUCGAGUACUCUCUAACGCUCUUGGCCGUCGUCUGCUUUGCGAUUCUCCACCAGUUUCUGUGCUAUCUCAGGGGCCGCAGCGACAUGUUCUACUCCAUUUCAGGCCGCGGCCAGGCAGCCAUCGCCCUCGUCUUGUACGCUGCCUAUGUUUCCACCAGUUACUUGCUCAUGCUCAUUGUCAUGAGCUUCAACGUGGGGGUGUUUAUCGCUGUUGUCUUGGGGCUUUGCUUGGGCAUCCUCGUCUUUCCAUUCAAGCUUGGAUCGAACAAAACCACUGCCGCUGAUCACCAACACCAACACGACACUUGCUCUACACAACCGUGAGUGGACUUCAUCCUAUGAUAACUUAGAAUGAUUUGUUUUGAAUAUAUUAUCUUACUCUGCACCAAUACCAUUCACAUUCAUAGCC